UAAACAUAUCUCUCUCUCUCUCUCUCUCUCUCUCUCUCUCUCUCUCUCUCUCUCUCUCUCUCUCUCUCUCUCUCUCUCUUCAAAACAUACCCAUCUCUCUCUCUCUCUCUCUCUCAUGGCUGAUGUUCAAGAAGCAUAUGGUAUUAAGCUAUUCGGAGCAACAAUAGCAGUGCAAGUGAGACAAGCGAAGGAGGAGCCAAGCAAAUCAGAUGAUCAAACCAUAGAAAAAAGGCCUGACAAAAUCAUACCAUGCCCUAGGUGCAAAAGCAUGGAAACCAAGUUUUGUUACUUCAACAAUUACAAUGUUAACCAACCAAGGCACUUUUGCAAGGGCUGCCAGCGGUACUGGACAGCUGGUGGGGCCCUCCGCAACGUGCCCGUCGGAGCUGGUCGCCGGAAGAAAGAGCCACCAUGCCGGGGAUUCACCGGCGGGUUCUCGGUGGAGAGUUGCUUCUUUGAUGCUUCUGCUGCCCAUGGGGUGCAACAGUUUGAUUUUGAUGGGAUGGUGGAGGAGUGGCAGUUGGCGACAGCACAAGGCAGUUGUCACCAUGUUUUUCCUGUGAAGAGGCGGAGGAGCAGAGCAUCAUGCGGUCAAAGUUGAUAUAUAUAUUAAUUCUUCUUCCUUUUGUUAUUUUUCCUUUCAUAAUCCGGUUACUCAGAAUGGGAUUAGUGAAUAUAAAUAUUGCUAGUGAUCAAGUGGUGGUGUAAAUACCAGCUGUCUUUAAUUAAUUAAAGAAGAAAUGAUUAGUAAUUUAAGUAACUGUUUCAAGUUAUUGAAAUAAAUAGAUCGAUCAAUGAUUGGAUG